CUCUGCUCGGUGCUCUCUCUGGCACUGGCUCUCCUCCUCCUCCUCCUCCUCCUCCUCCUCAUCUUCUUCUUCACUGCGCAUCGGCACUCCGGCAGAGCGGGAGUCACACUCAGCUCCGGUUGGACUGAACCUCAGAGGAUGAUGAUGAUGGUGAUGGUGAUGAUGAGCUGCUCGUGUCUGUGGAUCAGAAAGUGAUGGACUGAAGUUUGAAGAUGCUCCAGGUGGAUUCGGGUUCGUGGAGAACGUUGAUAACUGUGGCUCGUGUUUCCUGCUCCUCUGAGCUGCUGCGCUGCGCGUGAAGCUGCUGCUGCUCCAAACUCCAGAGGCGCACAGAGUCCGGAGGACAGAGAGGCGUGUGAGGCAGAGAAUCCCCAAAGACACUCAUGGAACCAUGUAAGAGAAGAGUUCCUGCUCACACUUCUUCCCCUGGAUGGACAUAAACUGCACCGACCUGCAUCCAAGUGCGUCAGAGCCGAGCGGAGCGCCGUUACGCAUGGAGACAGCUCGGCACUAGAGGAGCCUUCUACCUGUUCAGAGCCGAUUUUAUGAUUUUAACUCCAACACAAGAGGGAAACCGUGAUUCUUCUCCUCCUCAAACAGAAAAUGAGUAGCUGUCUCUUCAGACUGGCACUCCUCGUGGCUUGCGUCCUCUCCAUCCGCUGCACCGCUGCGCCCGGCACCGAGGCGGAGGCGCACACGGCGUCCCGGGAUACCUGCGCGUCCUGCGGCAUCGCUCAGCCGGAGGACCCCGAGUCGGGCCGGGUGAACGUGGACUUCCUGGAGGCGGUGAAGAGGCACAUCCUGAGCCGGCUGCAGAUGCGGGACAGGCCCAACAUCACGCACCCGGUCCCGAAGGCGGCCAUGGUGACGGCGCUGCGGAAGCUGCACGCCGGGAAGCUGCGGGAGGACGGGAGGGUGGAGAUCCCCAACCUGGACGGACACCCGAUGAGCAACGAGGUGCUGGAGGAGAGCUCCGAGAUCAUCAGCUUUGCAGAGAAAGACGACCUGGUGACCUCCAAGUCCAGCCUGUUCUUCCUGAUCUCCAGCGAGGGGAACCAGAACCUGUUUGUGACACAGGCCACCCUCUGGCUCUACUUCAAGCUGCUGCCGUCCCCAGGGGAGGUGCGUCCGCGGCGGAAGGUGACGGUGAAGGUGUAUUACCAGGAGCCGGGCCUCAGCAGCAAGUGGAACCUAGUGGAGAAGCGGGUGGAGCUGAAGCGCAGCGGCUGGCACACCUUCAUGCUGACCGAGGCCGUGCGGUUGGUGUUCGAGAAGGGCGGCCGACGGCAGAACCUGGACGUGCGCUGCGAGGGCUGCGAGGCGGAGGGCGUUAACCCCAUCCUGCUCAACCGCAACGACGAGUCCCACCGGCCCUUCCUGGUGGUGCAGGCGCGGCAAGCCGACAACAAACACCGGAUCCGCAAGAGGGGGCUGGAGUGCGACGGCAGCAGCAACUUGUGCUGCCGCCAGCAGUUCUACAUUGACUUCCGGCUCAUCGGCUGGAACGACUGGAUCAUUGCGCCGUCAGGCUACUUUGGGAACUACUGCGAAGGGAACUGUCCCGCCUACAUGGCCGGUGUCCCCAACUCUGCAUCGUCCUUUCACACGGCGGUGGUGAACCAGUACCGCAUGAGAGGGAUGAGCCCGGGCUCCAUGAACUCCUGCUGCAUCCCCACCAAGCUCAGCACGAUGUCCAUGCUCUACUUCGACGACGAGUACAACAUCGUGAAACGGGACGUUCCCAACAUGAUCGUGGAGGAGUGCGGCUGCGCCUGAGCGCCGCUAACUCCCGUUUAUUUAAGGUGGAACUGAAGAACUCGACCGUAGACAGAUUCACGAUAUUACAACAGGAGAUGAAUAUAGAAACAGAAUAUUUAUGGACGACGGAAGAAAACAUGAGCACACACAACCUCAUCCACACAUAUCCACACACCCUCAUGUAUGCCUGCACAAAACAACUUGUAUAUAUAUUUAUGUUUGUUGAUAUAUUUUUGUUAUAUUCUCCAGCGGAAACAAUUCAGUCUCCUUCGGACGGAGAAGUUUGAUUCCAAAUCGCUAAAAAUCCACUUUGGAAAAACAAUCAGCGUCCGAAGUUCUUCAUUAAAUCUUCGAUAGCGAGGAUCUGCUUUGUUUCACGACCUUCUAGCCUUUACCGAGCCGUCGGCCUCGCUGUUAGAGUAGCUGCUGCCGGUCAACGUAAAGCUGUCGGGAGCCUUAAACGAGUCACAACGACAUCGGGCUGAUUCAGCGAUGCCUCUUUCAAGAUGAGUGUGUGCGGCGAACACUCGGGACGAGCACUGACGCCGUCUUCACCAACGUACAGCACUUCUGUUUUCUGAUUCACACAAACUGUUCCGCGAUUAAACGGCUUCAAGCAGAACGUUCAGACGAGACUUUUCAACAAGUCGCCAAACCACUAAUCAGUCCUCCAAACGUUCAACUACAGGCAGACGUGAACGUACGACGACGUCAAUUCUCCGUCUCAUCCCAACUCCUCAUCGGAUUCCUGCUUCCAGCAUCAUGAAAGUUUGUUGCCACGAUAAUCUUGUGUUAGGAAUCUGCAGAACGAUUCGAUUAUUUCUCCUAAAACAACGUCGGCCCUCAAAUUACAGAAUUAACCAUCAAAUGAAACCAUCACUUGGAUUUUGGACGACAGCGGUGACUCGUCUUUAAUAAAGCUGAAGACGAACCGCGGCCAGAUACAAGAUCCAACUCACCGCGAGCUUUACAAUGAUUCAGCCACGUAGAGUAAAUAAAGAUGGACGACGCGUCUUCACUUCCUCUUAAGAUUCAGAAGUGAAGCUGAGACGUCUCCAAUACGACGGCUGCCAUCUUGUAACAUGCUCUCGACCAAUCAGGGGUCAGUGUCAGCUGUCAAUCAUGACGCCUGUUUUUUAUAUCAUCAAAUAACUGAUUGAA